AUGUUACUACAAGACUCAGUGUUAUCGAUUGUGCGUGUUUCAUCCUUUCUUAAAACUAAUAAAGGUUGUCACUCCCGUUUUGAAGAAAGACCACCUAUUCAGCAGAAACAUAUUACAAUGAUUUAUUCCAUUUUGAGUUUAUUACUCGCUCUAAAUGCUAUAAGUACAAAUGGUCAAACUUUAUUUCAAAGUCAGGCAUUAACUCAACACAAUCUAUAUCGUCAAAAACAGUGUGCACCACCAUUAGCAUUCAAUCAAACAAUCGCGGAUAUAUCACAAGCAUGGGCAAAGAGCAUGAGUCAAACCAAUACAUUACAACAUAGUACAAAUAAAUUAAAUGGACAUAGUCUCGGGGAAAACAUCGGAUAUAUGUGUAGUAGUACACCAAGUGUUAUCAACGGUUCACAACCUACCGCCCAAUGGUAUAAUGAGAUAGCUCAAUAUAACUUUUCUAAUCCUGGCUAUUCAUCAGCUACCGGUCAUUUUACAGCUGUUGUAUGGGUGGCAACAAAAGUAUUCGGUAUUGGUAUCUCUCAAUCAAGCACGAAUAAAUGUUAUUAUUAUGUUGCUAAUUAUUAUCCAGCAGGGAACGAUAUCAGCAGUGUCACAAACUUCAUCCAAAAUGUUAAAAAACCACCAUGUUAA